AUGGCCUACACCAUCCUCAAGGUGCACAGGACACCUAGACCUGGGGCGGGGGGACGGCGGGGCAGGCGGGUGCAGCGGGGCUCCCUGAGAGGAGCAGUGGGCAGGGGCCUCCCCGGCCAGCGCACUGCCCACGGCGCUCCUGGGCACAGCGGGACCCCAGCCGCUGGCCCGGGGGCACCGGGGGCCCCAGGGCGGGGCCCUCUGGGUCUGACUCUCGCCCACCGCCCAGAGCGCCUCCUGAAGCUGCCCCUGGAAGGGCUCCGGGAGUUUCUCCAGGACUCUCUGGCCCAGCCCUGGGCCCUGGAGGACGAGGCGGUGCUCAGACACCUUCGGGCCUCCAUGACCCAGCUCCGGAGGAUACGGUGUGACCUGUCCCAUCGCCAGCGGGACCUGAGGAGUUCCCCACGAGGCCCCUGGGCCUGGAGCGAGUGUCCCCGGCGCCCAGGCCUGUCCUCCCUUCUCCAGCCUCUGAGACACCGCCCAGGGUGGAGGAGCCGGCCUCCCCAGGCCCAGUCACCCAGCCUGAGCCGCCCGGACCCCCUUCCGGCCAGGCCAUCGUCAAACCUCCCCCCCAGCGAUGGAGUUCCCUCCCCAUCCUCCCAGUGCAACAAUACGGUGCUGGCGGCCUCUCCUGCCCCUCCGCAGACCGGCCUGGAGCCGGGAGCCCGGGCGCGGGGCGCGGAGCUGUGUGCGGGCGCUGUCCCGCGGGGUCGGGGCUGCCUGGCCGCGGGACGAAGCUCCACCUUCGCUUCGGCAGCGACCCUGUUCCUCGUGCUGGCGGCCUACUCGGUGUACGACACCGAGGUGGGCUACUGCCAGGGCAUGCGCGAGAUCACGGCCAUCCUCCUCAUGUUCCUGCCCGAGGAGGACGCCUUCUGGGCGCUGGCCCAGCUGAUGGUGGACGACAGGCACGCCAUGCACGGACAAGGAGCAGAUGUCCACUGGCAUCUACACCCCAAAGUGGUUCCUGCAGUGCUUCCUCGGCCGGACCCCCUUCUCGCUCACCCUGAACCUGUGGGAUGCCUACGUACUCGAUGGGGAGAGGGUGCUCAUGGCCAGGGCCUACACCAUCCUCAAGGUGCACAGGAAGCGCCUCCUGAAGCUGCCCCUGGAAGGGCUCCGGGAGUUCCUCCAGGACUCUCUGGCCCAGCCCUGGGCCCUGGAGGACGAGGCGGUGCUCAGACACCUUCGGGCCUCCAUGACCCAGCUCCGGAGGAUGCGGUGGGACCUGUCCCCCCCAGCGGGACCUGAGGAGUUCCCCACGAGGCCCCUGGGCCUGGAGCGAGUGUCCCCCGCGCCCGGGCCUCUCCUCCCUUCUCUGGCCUCUGAGACACCGCCCAGGGUGGAGGAGCCGGCCUCCCCGGGCCCAGCCACCCAGCCUGAGCCGCCCGGACCCCCUCCCGGCCAGGCCAUUGUCCAACUCUCCCCCCCCCCCCCCAGCGAUGGAGCUCACUCCCCACCGUCCCAGUGCAUCAAGACGGUGCAGGCAGGCGGCCCCCAGACAUAGUGGGCUUCAAGACAAAAAACGGGGUCCCCUUCCAUUCGGCACCUGCCUGGGCCACCCCAGAUGCCCUGCGACGGACCAGGCCCUAGAGCACCCCCGGGACUCCCAUCACAGUGUCCCCCCAGCCCCCUAGGGACGACGCUGUUGGGCCCAGGACACCCUUCCUGCCCCGCGGCCACUGCAGCUUGUGCCCCUCGCUGGGCAGUGACGGGCACAGCCAAGGCAGAGCCAGGGUGGCUUGAGCCCGCUGCCCCGAGGCCCCAUACAGGCCCGGGACCCUCUGCCCUCUGCGUCCACGGGGCAGCUCGAUGCUCGCGGGCCUCGGGGGCAGAGCAUGGUGGUGAGUGCGGGGCCCGGAGGCUCUUGCCCGCCGUCACCAUGCCUUGCCUCGUCUCACUGUCCCUCCUGGAGGGCGGCACCCCCCUCACAGGACACCAGCCCCUGACUCAGAGGGACCUGGGCUGGCCUGGCCCCGGGCUCUGUGGGGGCAGGGGCGACUCGAGCCACCCCAGGCCCAUCACGAAGACUAAUGGGAUCCAGCGCCCCAGGGCCCUGGCCAGGCCUGGGUUCUGGCCCCGGGCUGAGCGAGCCUUUUCUCAGCUGGAUGUGGCCUCCUGGGCCCUGGGCGUGCCCCACAGAUCCAGGUCGCUGACCUAGGGCAGCCCUGGGGAUCCCGGGACACCCCAGGGAGGGCAGUAGGGGCAGGCCCGUGGACCCCACCUGCACCCACACCAGGAGGCAGGCUCCUCCACGUGCUGGGGCUCCAGCAGUCAGUCACCUGGCCCCAGGGGGCCCGAGGCCAGGGUCCAGCUGCCUUGCGGGGACCCAGCACAGGAGCCCAUGGGCCGCAGGUCCAUGUCAGCCCUGCUGUCCCCAGAACCGCCUCUCAACGCCCCAACCUCAGGACACGCGCCCCCACCCGGAGUCGAGUCCGCACAGGCUCCCAGGUGGGGGACUCCAGCACCCACACCCCUGUGGGAUUCCCGCUUUCCUCUAAGGACAGGAAGGUCUCCCAGGGGAAGGUGCACACCCUCGGCUCUGAGCCCGUUUGCUGUUGCAAGUUCAAUAAAGUGUUGUGUGAAAAUG